UCCUAAUUCACACACCUAAGGCUAACCUAAUUCACACGUGGUCGUGUACGGCGUCUCCCUGUGCAGCACACACAGUUGAGAGCAGUCUGAAGACAGACGAGCAACUGUUUGUCAAAGGACUGUCUGCCACGUGCCCACGGUGUGGCACAGACAUUGCUGACAUAGUGCAGUCGCACGCUACAGGCGAUGAAGAACGGUUGGGAAGCGAUGCAGCAUCACAUCUGGACAA